AUGGAGAUCACGGUGAAGCAGCACAAAUCUCCAGGACUCCCCAUUGUACACCAUAGCAAGUAUGUGUGCGACUUCCCUCUCAAGCACCGCUUCUGCAUGCGUAAAUUCCAUGCUGUUCUGCGGUACCUUCGAUCAGAUGGCAUCAUCUCUAUGAAGCAAGUCCUUGAGCCUAGAGAAGUCACCCAGGAGGAGUGCCAGUUGGUACAUCACCCUGACUACAUCCACAGGUUUUUCAAUGGUUUAACAUCUAAGAAGGAGCAGAGAGUGAGUGGUGUUGAGUGGUCUCCUGGCAUUGUGUCAAGGUGCAGGCAUGAAACAGGAGGCACGAUCCUCGCCUGUCACCUAGCACUAGUACGAGGUCUAGCAUGCAGCACUGGAGGCGGGACGCAUCAUGCCUUUGCAGCCCACGGCUCAGGCUACUGCCUCAUCAACGACAUGGCUGUGGCUGCUACUGUAAUGCUGAAGAAAAAGCUGGCCAGAAAAGUCCUCAUCGUGGAUCUGGACGUGCAUCAGGGUGAUGGCACUGCAUCCAUUCUACAGCACGCUGAGAAUAUUUUCACCCUGUCCAUGCACUGUGGCAGUAAUUUCCCCUUCACCAAACAAAGCAGUGACUUGGACGUUAGCCUCAGGGAUCAUGCCCAGGAUGAGGAAUAUCUCCAUGAGGUACACGAUGUCUUACCUUAUGUGGUAGACACUUUCAAUCCUGACCUGGUCAUCUAUGACGCUGGAAUAGACCCUCACAAGGAUGACGAACUCGGAAGGUUGGAUCUGACAGAUACAGGUCUGUACAAGAGAGACAAGUACGUGAUUGAUUUCUUGAUCAGUCAGGGCAUUCCCGUUGCCACUGUGAUUGGAGGUGGUUACUCUCGCAGCCUGGAGACUUUAGGGAAGAGACACACAAUAGUCCACAGAGCAGCCAGUAAGGUUUGGAUGGAUAGACAGCUGUGAAAAGUGCCACUUUGUUUUUGGUAACAUUUGACACCGUCCAACCAGCCUUCAUGCUGUUACACCAUGCGUCUUGACGGAUCUUCAUGCUGUUCACCUUACGUCUUGACGGACCUUCAUGCUGUUUCAUCAUGCAUCUGACAGACCUUGUCGCUGCCUCACCGUGCAUCUGAUGGGCCUGCACGCUGCUUCACCAUUCAUCAGACAAGACUGUUCGCUGCUUCACUUUCAGGUCAACAGUUACUUUGUCAGUUCGAAUGUUUGAGUCCCUUUUUGUAGAAUAUGUGGGCGGAAAAUGUCCUUGUAGUAUUGGAUGUUCCAACUUCUGGUAUACAGUUUGUAUUGGGUCAAGGCUCUCAGGGAUUUAGGUUGUGAUUUUUAAAGAAUUUUUAUUUGUACUUGUUUUAAAUAGAUGAUUUUUGGGCAUGUUGACCAAAUGGAAUGACUACUAAAGGAUGUGUCAACAGAAAAGCUAUAUUGUAAAGCUUUCUGCAAAAAGGGACGAGAUUGCACUUUGGGGGGGUGGGGGGGGGGUGUCCAUUUUAUUACAUUUUCUUAUUCUGGAAUGUCCACAGAUAAUCUUGUUUUUGAAAUGAUCAAAAAAGCUUUAUUAGUUUUCAAGAUAUCGCACUUUUUGCUGUCAUUUCUUACUCCUGUCAUGAGUAUAACCAGUUUCAGAGUCUGUCACUACCUAAAGUUUCAUAUCCUAUUUCGUAGACUUGUCUUUGAUGUACUGUCGGAAACCGCACCUGCCUUUAUUCCUUACCAUUCUUUCAACAACCCUGACAAAUUCAUUUGGCUGCCAUAACUUCAUACAUUUCUGCUGUAAAAAGUCGUGUACAAAUCAAAGUUUACGAAGUUUAUCAUUUUCUUGCUCAGUGAAGUGUAUGGAUUUGAGAUUUUCAAAAAUGACUGAAUCUGUUUGAAACGCAUUUUCGACAUACAGGAACGACCCCUCAAACCAUGAAACAAUGACAAUAUUUCCUUUUUUCAAUGCAUACAUACUGAAUAUGAACUGUUUCCACAAUACAUAGAUUUUGAAUAACUGUUAGGAUUUAUUACACAAAAAAACCCUCAACAAAUAAAAUGUUAAUAUGUCACACGUCAUUACGUCAUUACGUUGAAUAAUAAAAACAGGCCCUACUUACCCGUGGAUGCUUACUCACAAUUCACAUCCAAAAUGAAAACACAAUAAUCAAAACAAAAAAAAAAGCAAUUUUUUCGACCUGAAAUAUAGACGGAAAAUAGACGAAAGGUGGGGAGGGAGUGAAAGGUUACUUUUCGUACAUGAGAAAACAAAGAUGGCUGUGAAGGUAAAUGUUACGCAUGUAAAUUAUAUAAAAACAACUAAUCGAUCUGAACAAAGCUACAAAUGUCCCUCAGCAAGAUUACUUUUAUCGGAUAUCUAAAAAGUACGGUGUGAAGUGAAAAUAGGAUCAUAUUGUCAUCAAUACAAUAGUGAAAACACAAUAA